UUCCUUCCAUCUCCACCACCACCACCACACAAGCCAAUCAAGCUCUCUCAGCUCCUGCCUAGCUAGCUCCACGGUUUCCAGCAAGCAAGCCGAAGCACGAGAUCCUCCAUGGCACGCGUGGCACUGGUCGCCGUGUUCGCCGUGCUCGCGGCACUGGCGGUGGCGGAGAUGGCGUCCGGGGCGGUGACCUGCGGCGACGUGACGUCCUCCAUCGCGCCGUGCAUGUCGUACGCGACGGGGAAGGCGUCCGCGCCGUCGGCGGGGUGCUGCAGCGGGGUGAGGAGCCUGAACGGCAAGGCGUCCACCGCGGCCGACCGGCAGGCGGCGUGCCGCUGCCUGAAGAACCUGGCCGGGUCGUUCAAGGGCAUCAGCAUGGGUAACGCCGCCGGUAUCCCCGGCAAGUGCGGCGUGUCCGUCUCCUUCCCCAUCAGCACCAGCGUCGACUGCAACAAGCUUCACUAAGUUACUUAUGAGCUUCAUCACAGCUAGCCGACUCGGUGUCUACUGUUGCUGCUUUCUGCAUGUGUUCGACCUCCAUCUUGCAGAUUGUUGAUCGAAUCAUCAAUAAAAUAAUGUGUUGAGCUUAAUUUUGUAUGAUGUUAUCUGUUAUCAAGAAUGAUUAUAAACUA